CAAUGGUAUGUGUAAACGUGUAACAAGAAUUUAUCAUUAGGUUCAACACAUCUGACCGAAUGAGUUUUGCUGUUGUUGGUUUAAAUUCUAAAUUUGAGUAAUUUAAGUCGAAGAAUUUGACCGGAAACUUAAUCCUCUACUCUUCUUGGAAUGAAAGUAGAUAUACAUUCAUCUCUAGUUGAUAUAAGACGUUUUCUCCCCUGCAAUCAUUUGAAUUUCCGUACAUUUACAGUAUUAAGGUUUCUGUCUGUUUAUAUUAUUCGAACGCAGUUAUCAAGAGCUUUUUUCUCAUUUUGUUUUACAAAUGCAAUGACACUGCAACUUAUGUUCAUAUUACCAAGUAAUGAGAUCCAAGCAACUUAAAAGGCAAAAAGACUUAACUUGCGGCAUUCAUUUCGCUAUUUACAUUUAAAAGCAGUUUCAUCGGACCAUUUUUUCCAUAGUAUUGUAGACACUUUUUGCAUUUAGUAGUGUUUAGAUUAUGAUGCAAAUGUAUCUGAUAACAUAUACUGUCAUUUUGAUACAGUAAACUUUUUUGACCGCUAAACUUGAUUCAGUAUUAUAUCUGGUAAAUCUUUUGAAGAUUACUAAAAUUUCUUUACUGACGUGUCUGAAUCAUGAAAGGAUCAUGAAAGGAUAUCAAAUUAUGUUAACCUGUCAUCCGCGUUUUGUAAUAGUGGUAAAACUUUUGUUGAUAUAAACCUACAUUUGAGCACGGUAAGCAUUUAAAGUGCGCGUCUACAAUAGAAAUUAUUAUAUGAAUGACAGUUGUGAAAUAUUUACUAAACUGUAGGACUAGGAGUACCAAAAUCUGCAUUAGAGAAGUGUUGUGGCACGGAAAAAGUCUCCCAAUUAGACAAGAGGUAGAAAUGGAUGCGGCAGCUGAGAAACCAAGGCUACAGUUGAUAAGGAAGGUGUACAAGGGUGUAGUGAUGUUUGAGAAUGAGGUGGAAGAAAUAGAGAAAAUGGAGACACGUGAAGAUGAUAUAUGGGUAUGCAGCUUUCCGCGCUCAGGCACAACACUGACACAGGAACUGGUUAUUUUGAUUGAAACACGUGACUACGAGAAGGCAACUACAAUGCAGCUUGAUGAGGUAUUUCCCAUAAUAGACGUAAAAGAUGACAGAUUCCCAUAUUAUAAAGGCAUCAAAUAUGUAGAGCAGAUGAAGUCUCCGCGUUUGAUUAAAUGUCAUCUUCAUUAUCACAUGCUGCCAGAACAGUUACGACAAGGCAAAGGAAGAAUUAUUUACAUAGCAAGAAAUCCCAAAGAUUUAGUAACAUCAUUCUACAGGCUGAUGCAGUGGGGAGACCAGCUGGAGGAGGGAGACAAAACGUUUCAUCAGUUUAUUGAUGCUUUCAUCAACGGAACAGGAUUCUCGUGCCCAUGGUCCAAACACCUGUUAGAGUUCUGGGAAAAGCGAAAUGAUGAACAUGUUUUAUUUUUGAAAUAUGAAGAAGUGGUUAAGGAUAUGGCAAAAGCAGUAAGACAAAUUUCAGAAUAAACCUGUUACUGAUGAAGAGGUCGCGAAAAUAUGUGAAUACUGCCACAUUGACACCAUGAAAAAGAACAACAUGUGCAAUAUGUCGUAUUUAAGAGAUUUUAAAUAUGUCAAUGACGAUGCAAAAGGAGGCUUCAUGAAUAAAGGAAAACCAGGAGCAUGGCGCGAAUUGCUGUCGCCGGAAAUAUGUGCACGAAUUGAUGGAAUGAUGCAUGAUGAAUUAGAUGGCUCUGGACUUGUUUUAGAGGAAUACUGAUUCAAAAUUUUGUAAAAAUUUGACAAAUACUCAUAUACAAUACAUAUCCAAGACGA